AUGGCUGCUUCGAAUAUCGAUGGAAAUUCAUCGGCUGAUGGCAAAUAUCAUCUAAUUUUAAUAUCUGUUAUUGAUACAAAUGGUUUGUGUGCAGGUGGUUUUUAUGAACCAUUUACAAAAACAAUCAAUGCCUGUAGCGGUUCUUCUGCCAAUGAAAUAGUGAAUCAAGCUUAUGGAGCAUUAGAAGAAACCAUGAAACAUUGGCAUUGUGCACCAUUUGAUUUAAAGAAAAUCAAAGAAUCAGUCGUUUUUGAUUAUGUUGCAUGCCGUACUGAAAAUGAAAUGAUUACAGCUCUUCAACAUGUCAAAAAAGGAACAAACUAUGAAGAUAUUGUUAAAAAUAUUUCAAAAAUGCGAGAAAUAAAUGUUCCUGGAAAAGUUGGUCAAAAACAUGUUUGA